AGCUGUGGAAAGCAGUGGGAACUCGAUUUAACUCUUUCAACGUUACUAUAAGACUAUAAAUAAAAUAUUAUAACUAUUAAGUCUUCACUCGAUGAUAAGUGCAAUUAUUUCAACUAAUUGUUUACUAGUUCAUUUAUAGUAGAUAAUAAAUUUCUUAUUAAAUUUGGUUGCCAUCUUCUAAUUAUGCUAGGUUGUUGUUGGUGUUGUUCAGCUUUAAGACCGAGAUAUAAACGACUUGUUGAUAAUAUUUUUCCAGUUAAUCCUCAGGAUGGGCUAGUCAAAAAUAAUAUGGAAAAAUUAACCUUUUACUCGUUAAGUAGUCCAGAAAAACUAGAUAGAAUUGGAGAGUACUUAUUUCAACGUGCUUCAAGAGAUAUUUAUAGACGACGAAAUGGAUUCGUUGUUAUUGCCAUGGAAGCAAUGGAUCAGCUACUACUUGCUUGUCAUGCUCAAACUUUAAAUCUUUUUGUUGAAAGUUUUUUGAAAAUGAUUCAAAAGCUUUUAGAGUCUACAGAUCCUCAAUUACAAAUUUUAGCCACACAAUCGUUUGUCCGCUUUGCCAACAUCGAAGAAGACACGCCAUCUUAUCACACACGUUAUGAUUUCUUUGUAUCAAAAUACUCAGCAAUGUGCCACGCCAACAAUGACAACCAUGACGUUCGUAAGCAGAUUCGGCUUGCCGGAAUACAAGGCCUACAGGGUGUCGUGAGAAAAACUCUUUCUGAUGACCUUGUAGAAAAUAUUUGGGAAUCUGUACACAUGGACAAGAUUGUUCCAUCACUUUUAUAUAAUAUGCAAAGUUCAAGGUAUGCAGAUAAAGAAAAUGCAACACUAGAUAGUCCGACAGAAGAAAGGUCUGAUCCUCCUCAAUUCGCUGAAACAUGUAUGCGUGAACUUGUUGGUCGGGCAUCUUUUGGUCACAUACGUUGUGUUAUUCGACCUGUGUUAAGACACUUAGAUAAUCAUAAAUUAUGGGUUCCCAAUUAUUUCGCAAUACAUACAUUCAGAAUAAUUAUGUUUUCUAUUCAAUCACAAUAUUCUUACACCGUUGUCGAAGCUUUAAUGACUCAUCUUGAUGAUAAUUCGAAGUCUUCACCAAAAAUUCGAACAAGUAUUGCAGAUACACUGUCAAAAAUUAUUGCUAUCGCCGCUGGAGAGAGUGUGGGGCCAUCCGUAUUGGAGAUUAUAAAUUCUUUGCUUUCUCAUUUGCGUAUUAGUGUAACAAGAAACCAGUAUUCUAGUAAUGAUGAGCAGCUCUAUCAAGAAGCUCUAAUUAACGCUUUAGGAGAAUUCGCUAAUCAUCUUCCUGAUUAUCAAAAAAUUGAGAUAAUGAUGUUUAUUAUGAGUAAAGUUCCGUGCAGUCAACCUGAUCGUUUCAUUACUGUUGGAAAAGGAGAUGUGUUAUUACAAAGUAUACUUUUAAAAUCUUUGUUGAAGGUUGGUACGAAGUAUCAAACUAUUCACUUGAAUACAACAUUCCCACCAAGUUUUUUGGAGCCUUUAUUACGAAUGUCUCUCGUGGCCGACUCUGAGAUGAGGCUUUUAGUGCAAAAAAUUUUCCAUACAUUAAUCGACAGGCAUCAUAAUAUUAAUAAGCUCACAAAGCCAACAGUCAAUAUAUCGGAUCUUGAUCUUGCUGUUAACAAAUUAUCUCGUCCAGAUGUUAUAUUCAUUCGAAAACAUGGCCCCGAAAUAUAUUUAACACUCUAUGAAUCAAUAGAACUUUCUAGUAAUACCGUCGAAAACAUAGAAGCAAUAUACACAACAUUGGCUCUUCUUAUCGUUGAAUUGGCGUCUGAAGAAACUGUUCUAGAACAGUUAAGACUUAUUUUGAGUCUUCAAGAUCUCGCUAUAACUAAUAGUCAACUCAGUGUAACAUUGAAAUUGAACUUACAUGCGAUUGUUGUGAGUCUAUUGAUUCUUAUUUCUCAUGUUUGUAACUUAAGUCUUCUCAUUGAUUAUAGUGAAAAAUACAACACUUUACACUAUGCUAAAAUACCGCAGGCUUGCCGCAAAUUUACGAUUAUUAAAGCUCGAGAAAAAGAAGGGGCGUAUCUAUUGCCACCGCUAAAAUCACAUUACGAUAAUGAUUUGCCGAUCAAAUUUUCUAGUUCUAUGGUAAUUGACCAAAGUAUAGUUACUGAGUACUUAAAAAUAGCCGGUUUCGACAUUGGCAAGUUACAGCAAGGUUCAAAAUAUAAUAGCAGUUCGCUACAACAUCGUCAUUCUUGGGUUGACACUGCUGGACGCACUUCAAUUACAGACAUUAAUACUAGUAGUGUAGAGUUAGAUAGCGGAGGAUCAUCACCAGGAAUGCAGAAAAAGUUAGUUGUCGAAGAGUUAACGUUUGAAAGUAUGAAAAAAAUAUUAACUGAAUCUAAAAACAAUCAGAAUGAAGAUGAAGAAAAAAGAGUACAACUAUCAGAAUAUUUCAGAAACGCCUCCUUCCAAGAUCUGAUUCUAAAAACUCAACCUCAACACGACGUAUUGCAGAGUAAACUAUCUGAUAUAUUUAAUUCAUUAACAAUGGAGCCAAGAAAUUCAUCUCAACAGAAUAUUCAAACAGUUGAUACCAAACUAAAUCAAACACCAGCAUAUGAAAUUCAUUUUCCUGAAUUAUUUGUUUACUAAAUUUUACAGUUAAUAGUUUGUUAAAGCAUGUUCUUAUUUUGUAUUUGGUGCGGUAGAUUAAUGUUUAUAGCUGUAGAGUGUACAUUCAGAGUCUUGAAAGUUAAUUAAAUCGCGUGGAUCCGAAUCACGGUAAAUUACCGACUUUCACCGCAAAAUAACGCAUUUUACUGCAACUUUGCCGCAUUUCAUAAUUUGCGCUAAACUGCCGUAUUUUUACCGUAAGGCAGUUAAAUACUUCACUUAACGGUAAAAUGUCGUAAUUUACCGCAAUUAUUCCGAAUACUGUAAUUACGAUAAUUUGAAAUUUACGGUAUUUUACCGUGAUUCGGAUCCGCUAGGGAUGAGUCGAAAAACAUAGUAACUUGAGAAAAAAUGGUAUGAUCUGAUUCUAUAUUAUUAUAUCUAACCGGUUGAAUAUUAGAUCCAAAUAUUGGCAGGAUCCAACUACAUAUAUUAUAUCUUUAUAAAUAAUUAUACAUGAUUUUGUAUAAUUAUAUAUUACCAGAUCUAAGAAUUUUUUCUCAGAUAAACUUUGAAAUAAUAUAAAUAAUUAAAUAUUAAAAUUACUUUCUACUAUUACAGUUACAUGUCGUAAUCGUCAAUAAUCAUAAUUAUUAUUAACGAUUUGCUCCUUUUGUCGAUAUAAAUUUAAUUAUCGUUUUCACUGGGAUUUGAACUCGGAUUCUUUUGCGUAUCAAUUGAACCUCAUACUAAUUCACGUACUCAAUAUUUAGAGUAUUUAGAAUGUUUAUAAAUUUAUCACGAAAAUCUUAUCAAUCGUAACAAUAACUAAGCUAAUUAUUCAAAUGUAAAUUGACAUUAAAAGACUCAAAAAGUACAUC